AACACAGUUGCUUUUUUACGAUUUGUAGCAUGUUAUGAUACAUGGCAUCAUGCUGGAGAAUGUUUUUAUCUGCUGUUAAAGCGAUGCUCAGAUUAUCAAAAAGGCCAAACAUAAAAAAUAAACUUUCCUGAAGACAUCAUUACAGUAGGUCUGUCGGUUAAAAAGACACGUUGGGAAAUUUUCAUCUUGUCACUUUAAUUUGAAGAAUUAAAAUCGAUCAAGAGCCUUUCGCCUAGACAUACCGUGGCCUACUUGAUUAUUAUAUAGCAUCUAUACUGCCCCACUCGCAUAACAGUCCCAUCUUUGCUGGGUUUCCUAUUCAUAUGGGACUGUUAUGCGAGUGGGGGCAGUAUAGCACAUAUCUGUUGAUAUUACGUACGCAUUUACGCAGGUACAAACAUAUGGAUGAAAACCAAAUAUACCGCCGCUUGUUUGCGCAAACCGUUUCCAUGGCGACGUAUUGUUUGCAUUCAAACAACCCAACUUACUUCGAUCAAAGAUUUCGCACAGCCAACAUGGAUCAGUACGACGAAAUGUACGAGAUUAAAAAUGGACGCGAAAUCGAUGAUAGCCCGCCGCCGGAUUUGGACGUUUCCAGCUCGCUGCAGUUUGUGAACGAAGAUCCACCGGAAGACGAUCCGCUUCCGGUUGCGAAGAAAGAUCCCAAACCGAUCGAUGAUGUGGACCAGGAAUUGACGAAGGUCAUCGCCGGUAAGCCUAACGCCAUCUUCAAGAAACGAGAAAGUCUGCAGAAGCAUGACUCCUUGACGGAUAGUAGCGCGAGUGUUUCCGAGGACGAGAAAGAAUUACCGAAAAGCUUGGUCGAGGAAAAAGAAUUCAACCCAAAGUUCUACGAGAAUAUUGAAGCACCCAGUGAGGUGAAGGAAUUGUUCCAAUACAUUACCCGUUUUUCGCCGCAGCGUGUCAACAUCGAUUACAAGCUGAAAAUCUUCGUACCGGAUUUUAUUCCGUCGGUUGGAGAUAUUGACGCUUUUUUGAAAGUUUCCUCUCCACCUUUCAUUAACGAGGAUAAAAAGAAAGUUCUUACGGAUCAUAUCAAAAAGCUUGGCUUGGAGACCUUGGACGAACCAUGUGGCGAUCAAAGUGACCGUGUGCUGCUGCAGAUGAAAAUGCGAUCCAUUUUUACAAAACCCUUGGAGACGCCUUCUGCGAUUGCAAAAUCAUCCAAGGAUAUCGACCGCUGGAUAACGGAAAUGCAAUCGCUCAAAGCGAGUCAAUCGGUUCAGAACAUAAAUUCGCUCCGAUCGGUGGUGAACAUUGACAACCUAAUGUCGGAAUGGCCAGAGGAGAUUGAAAAAAUGCUCGACACGGUUGGGUUUCCCUCGGCCAACUUGGACUGUUCGCUGAGUCGAUAUAUUGAGAUUAUUUGCAACAUUUUUGAUAUUCCAGUGCAGGAAAGUAGCGGACAAGCGGGAUAUAUUCAGGCGCUGUAUAAUCUUUUUAAUUUGUAUUUAGCAGUAAAACAACAGGGUAACGUUUAAUCACUACCUAAGGAACCUACUUAAAUAAAAUAAAGUUUUAAGAAAUCAACUGGA